UCAUUUCGGUAAACACUUGUGACUGGACCACUUCUCUUUCCGACUUUCUACUACCAGCGCAAUGAUGAGGUUAAGCGACUACCUUACUUGAUGCCAUCUAUGCUAGGAUCACAGUCCAGACUCCAGCGGGGUGAUGGGGAAUAUGGUACGCGGCAUGAUCAACGGGGACAAGAGAGGAAUGUAUGAAGACAACUAUGAGGACAAUGCUGAAAAAAAGGUAGAAGAAGAUAUACUGGUGGUGAUUGAAGACUACCCACCCCCUGCCAUCACAGACCCCAUUUUCAGAUUGGGGGAGAAACUACGAGUCAUUAAACAAGAGGUAUAUUGGUGGAAGGUGUGCUCGCUGAACACAGGCAAAAUUAACUACAUACCUGACAUACAUGUAGCCAAAAUAUACCAUGGGUGGCUGUUUGAAGGUGUGGAGCGGCAGAAAGCAGAGGAGCUGCUGCUGUUGCCUGUGAACCGUGUAGGGUCAUUUUUGGUCAGAGAAAGUUCAAAGGAAAGAGGUGUGUAUUCUUUGUCGGUGAAGCACAGCAAUAUAAAGCACUAUCGUAUCUUCCGAAUGGACAACAGUUGGUACUACAUCUCCCCCCGGCUAACUUUCCAGUGUCUUGAAGAUAUGAUCAACCACUACUCUGAUUCUGCAGAUGGACUGUGCUGCAUGUUAACAUCUCCAUGUCUCACCACCACGACCAUAGCUCCGACGGACACAGCGAUAGCCCCUCCGGUCGUAAUGCGCCGCACCUUUGACUGGAACAAAGUCGACAGGACUCAGCUUGUAAGCCCUGAAAGCUGCAACGACAACAUGAUGAGCUAUGGAGUGAGGAACAGCAUCGCCUCACACCUCUUCUUCUCCCAGGAGCCCAGUGAUGCGCGAGAGGAGAGGAAGAAAAAGAGCAAAUCAGUCUAUGGCGUCUCUCAUAAUACAGACUAUAUGGACAGCUUCUAGAGGAAUGCCGCCUCUACAGUGAGAGAGCAAUACUGCCUGCAACUCUCAGAAAGACUGCAAUAUUUCCAUGUAUUUCAUGUUGAAAGCACAAUGAAGUGAAAAAGUGCUGAGUGGAGUGGUAAAAAUAUGUUUUACCAAUUUAAUGAGAAGAUUUAACGAACACUGGUCUGUGGCACAUUCCUUUAUCCCAGAGUGUAAAGAGUGUAAAUGUUGUUAUGUUAUUUUUAAAUGAUUGCACCAUAAUAAUAAGCCCUA